AUGGUGAUCGAUGAAAAUACUAAGCUAUUUCAUAGAAGUAUUAGAGCUAGGAGAGUUCAGAAUAAUGUGUAUGCCAUUUCUGAUCUGAAUGGAGUCUGGAGAGAUAAACCAGAGGAGAUUACUGAAGCCUUCCUAAGCUAUUACAAGAUCCUUAUGGCUCCUUACACUGCAGAUGAAGUCAAAAGUGCACUUUUCUCUAUUCCAGGAGACAAGGCUCCAGGUCCAGAUGGUUUUGGAGGCUACUUCUUCAAGGACACUUGGGAAGUAGGAGGAGGAGAUGUUGCUGAGGCAGUGUUAGACUUUUUCACUAGCAAGAAGAUGUUGAAGGAGCUCAAUGCAACAAUCAUCACUCUUGCUCCUAAAUUUAAGUGCCCUGCCAAAGUUAGUGAUUUCAGACCAAUAUCAUGUUGUAAUACACUUUAUAAGUGUAUUACUAAGGUCAUUUAUGGCAGACUGAGGCAAGUACUGCCUGAUAUUGUUGCUGAAAACCAAGGGGGCUUUGUUCAUGGCAGGUAUAUUAUACACCAUGUCAUGGUGGUGCAAGACCUUGUCAAGAAGUAUAAUAGGAAGAAUGCAAGUCCUAGUUGUAUGAUCAAAAUGGACUUACAGAAGGCAUAUGAUACAGUGGAUUGA